AUGGUAAUAAAAGAUAGUGAAUUCGAGGAUUCGUUCGGGUACGCUCUGCUCCGCGGUGAUAUGGGAACUGUUUGGGACACAUCAAAGGACGAGCGCUUAGUGAAUGGAACGAUGAAUCCGGAGCUUAUCCAGCGUGCCAAGGAUCGGGUCGCUCGGGCACAGCUCAAUUCGGCCGACGGUGACACCUGUGAAAUGCAUGACCAGUUCUACCGCGAUCACAAGCUUCUGCUGGUGCUGUUUCGAGCAUUAGCUGUCAUGCCUAUUACCCGGUCCGCCCCCGGCAGGAUUACAUUCAGCUGGCGAUCGUCUGCUUCAAUCUAUGCCUUCUGCUUCUACAUCGUGACCACGGGAAUCGUGCUGGUUGUUGGUUACGAGAGGAUCAAGGUGUUUCGGUCCACCAGCAAGUUUGACGAAUAUAUCUACGGCAUUCUGUUCGUGAUCUUUUUGGUACCACACUUCUGGAUCCCAUUCGUCGGGUGGGGCGUUGCGAAGCAGGUUGCUAUCUACAAGACAAUGUGGGGUGCGUUUCAGGUGCGCUACUAUCGCGUCACCGGCACCUCGUUGCGCUUUCCUCGCCUUCGGAUGCUUAUCGUUUGCUUCUCGAUCGGGUGUCUGGUGUGCGCGAUAGUGUUCCUGCUAUCGCUAAGCUUUCUGCUGGAAGGUUUCGCCUUGUGGCACACGUCCGCUUACUAUCACAUUAUUACGAUGCUGAACAUGAACAGCGCCCUGUGGUAUAUCAAUAGCCGCGGUAUCCGAGUGGCAUCAUCCAGUUUAUCACGCUGCUUCCGAAGCGAUGUAGCGGUCGAAUGCACGGCGGCCAUGAUCUCCCGGUACCGGUUUCUCUGGCUGAACCUUAGCGAAUUGCUGCAGUCACUGGGCAACGCCUACGCACGGACCUACUCAACUUACUGUCUCUUCAUGUUCGUCAACAUAACUGUCGCCAUCUACGGAGCACUGUCGGAAAUUAUUGACCACGGAUUCGGGUUCUCGUUCAAGGAGAUUGGACUGAUCGUCGACACGGUGUACUGCUCGACUCUACUGUUCAUCUUCUGUGACUGUUCCCAUAACGCCACGUUGCAGGUGUCGCAGGGUGUGCAGGACACGUUGCUCAGCAUUGACCUGCUGAAGGUCGAUCAACCCACGCAGAAAGAGAUCGAUCUGUUCAUUCAGGCAAUCGAAAUGAACCCGGCCAUCGUUAGUUUGAAAGGAUACGCCGAAGUCAACCGGGAGCUUUUAACCUCAAGCAUCGCGACCAUUGCCAUCUAUUUGAUUGUGCUGUUGCAAUUCAAACUGUCGCUCAUCUCGCAGCAAAUUCCGGUAGAAUUAAUAGAAAAUGUGAAACUCUUACAGAAAGGUUGA